ACACAAACAAAAUUAUCCAAUGAGUGCACAAAAAAACAAAACAAUCCAAGAGGAACACGAAAUAAACCAAGCGCAGGAAACCGAAACCGCCAUUCCAAAUCUUAGCAGUUAAGCUUUGAGAUUCAUAUUUCACCCCUCCGUUCAAUUUCAAUACACUCUCAUCAAUACGGUAUAGAGACAGGGGAGAGGAAAAGAUCCCUGAAAUGGACGGACCGCCGGAGAAUGAUUUUUGCUCAAUAUGCCAUGGCACCUUCCGCAUUCCUUGCCAAGCCAAUUGCUCCCACUGGUUUUGCGGUAAUUGUAUUCUACAAGUUUGGGAUCACGGGCCAGCCUUGCAGCCAUGUAAAUGUCCGUUGUGCCGUCGCCAGAUUACUCUUUUGGUCCCUUCAGAUGAUUCAUCUAGGCAGCGUCGAGCUCCUGAUGUAUCUGGUGUUUUUACUAAAAUUGAACGAUAUAAUGGUUUAUUUGGCCCGCGGAGCAAUGGACUUAUGCAGAAAAUGCAAGAUCUUCCGUUUCUCCUCAGGAGAUUGUUACGAGAUAUUACAGACCCUCAACGGUCUCUUCCUUUUUUCAUCAGGGCACGAGUAUAUCUGGCAACAUUUUUAAGUGUGCUCUAUGUCCUCAGCCCUAUAGACAUUAUUCCAGAAGGAGUUUUGGGUAUAAUUGGAUUCCUGGAUGAUGCAAUUAUAGUGUUCAUUUGCUUCCUGCACGUGGCUGCACUCUACCGGGCAUUACUGGUCUCACGCCAUGGCGGUGGAGUUGCCUCAUAGCAGCAGUAAUAAGUUUCAUCUUCUCUUCCAAUUCAAAUUACUUUCUUCUGGCUGUGACAGAACAAGCAGACAGACAUAGUAGGGAAGCAAAUGAAAUUCAAAAGGGAGGUGAGGGAGGUGGUGCAGAAAUACGUACGUACACUUCCCUUGAUGGGGUUGUGCUCCAAUUUUGGAUUUCCAUUAAAGUUCAACGUAUAGAUAAAUGCCAUUUGAGGUUAUUAAUGUUUACUUGGCUCAUGCAUAUGUCAUUAUGGAACCACAGAUGCUACUAUCAUCCUUAUUUGAUCUUGUGUUCAAUAUUAAUGUGGUCAACUUAAUUCA